AUCCGGUGGGAAUAUCGAUUGUCAUCCCCAAUUGAGCCAAUUGGGUGAAAAAUUGGGCCGAAAAACUAGGAAAAUUUCGCACAGAUCAAUUAAAACAUGACGGAGCUGUUGAUCGAUCCGGACAUCCGUGUGUGGGUGUUCCUGCCCAUUGUGCUGAUCACCUUCCUGGUAGGCAUCGUGCGCCACUACGUCUCCAUUCUGAUAUCCACGCAGAAGAAGGCCGAGAUCACCCAAAUUCAGGACAGUCAGGCGAUGAUACGGGCACGUCUGCUCCGCGAGAACGGCAAAUAUCUAAGUGCACAGAGCUUUUCCAUGCGGAAAAACUACUUCAACAACGAGGAGACGGGCUACUUCAAGACCCAGAAACGGGCGCCCGUGGCCCAGAACUCCUCCGCCAUGCUUACCGACUUGGUGAAGGGUAACUUCAUCAACGUACUGCCUAUGGUUGUGAUUGGUGGAUGGAUUAACUGGAUGUUCUCGGGCUUUGUGACCACCAAAGUGCCCUUCCCGCUGACACUGCGCUUCAAGCCCAUGUUGCAGCGGGGCGUGGAGCUCGCCUCGCUGGACGCCGCCUGGGUAUCCUCGGCCUCUUGGUACUUCCUCAAUGUGUUCGGCCUGCGCUCAAUUUAUACGCUGGUGCUCGGCGAGAACAACCAUGCGGAUCAGACGCAGGCUCAGGCGGAUGCCAUGACGGGAGCUGCGAUGACCAUGCCCCAGGACCCCAAGGCGGCCUUCAAGGCCGAAUGGGAGGCUCUGGAGAUCACCGAGUACCACAACGCCCUCAAGAACAUCGAUGCCGAUAUGCUGACCAUUGCCAGCGCCUCUGCCGACAAGAGUUCUUGAGCGACCAGGCCUGCGCGGGUCCAUCCUAAUUAAGAUAUUUUAGCAAAUUCACAAUGUAACAAAGCCGAUUUUGUUUAGAGUCCAAGAGGGUUAAAAUAAAGCAAGUUGUGUGUGUGUCUAUGAUGGAAAA